CGUCCUCAUCCUGCCGGCCGGAUCCCGAUGGAGCGAGCAGCGAUCUUUGGCGGAGACGACGACGUCGCCGGCGCGUCGCCCAUGAAGGACGAGGCCAUGGGCGUCGUCUGGAAGGAGUCGCCAAGCGACAAGAAGCUCAAGCCCAGCGGCGCCAGCAACCCGCAGGUCAACGCGACCGAGCUGCAAGGCUUUGUCACGAGCUUGAUCACGAGCCCGUCGCCCAACAAAAAGAGCCAAACCUCCAAGCUCAAGUUCAAGAAGAAGAUCGUAGGCGCACCCGAUGGCAUCACACGCCAUAUCGCGUUCAGCCCGGACAAGCAUCUCCGACCUCCGACCGUGCCCAUUACGUCGCCCCCAGCCCGCUCGAAGCGGCGCAAGACAGGCGGCGGCGACGAAGACCAGAACCUGCUCUCGAUACUGCAAAAGAUGGACGAUGCGUACGCCGACUCGCCCGAGAAGGGCCCGCCGACGACGCUUCCCGCACCCGCCCCUGCCGAGCCACCGGCGACGACCAGUACCAUGCCCGAUGUGGACAUGGACGACGAGGAGUUUACCGAAGAAGCAUGGGGCAUCCUGGAAGAGAUGGAGAUCCAGGCCACGCAGCAGAUGCUCGAGCGCGACCAGAAAGCGCAGGCGCGACCACUGGAUGCCAGCCCCAUGGGUCCGUCCCGUAUCGUCGAGCCGCGCUCUGGGAUGAGCCCCGCGGUCGUACCACGCAACCCACUGCAUCAAGUCAUGCGCCCGCCCACGACGACGCCUGCCAUGCCUGCGAUGCCCGCUCACAGCGUACAGCGACACGUACAAGACGGUCCAGGUCGAGAUCCAGCACGUCCUGUGGCGCCCGAUACGGCGACAACGACCGCGCCACCAGCGCCCGUGACGCCAGUGCGCGCCAAGCCCACAGACUACAUUCGGCUCGUCGCGCUUGAAGCCCAUACGGACCAUGCGCAGCGCAAGCUGCUGCUUCGCGCCAUCGACGACGACGCUAUCGUGCACGACGUCGUCUUGGCCGACGACUGGUAUGGCACGCCGCUCGUCAUCGGCGAUACGUUCAAUUUCAUCUGGACAACGCCACGUACGUCGUCAUCCCUCAUUGCGAGCAACGCCGCCCAUCUCGUGAUCGUGCACCCCGAUAUCCUCGUGUCGCCGACCGCCGUGACGUCGAGUCUCCGCUGCGGUCGCAUGGCGGUGCUCCAGCAGACGCUCUCGAUGAACCAGCCGUCGGGUGCAAAGGCGCUUGUGGGUACGAUGAAGCACGACCUCUUUGAACGCGCGCUGCAGUCGGGCUACCAUUCGAUCCCGUACCUCAUUGAGCAAAGCCAAAGCAUCAUCCAAGACAGUCUGCUCAAGUGCUUGGAGUCGGGCAUCACCGAGACCCAAGCGGCCGAAGAAAUGAGGUCGUCGUUCCAGAGCAUGCACGUCUGGCUGCAAAAGCUCCACACGUCCGGCGUCGUUGUCGGCAACGCGACGCUGCGUCUCGAGGCGGUUCUUGCCACGGAGGAGCCGCUGUGGUCAAUCAAAUAUGGUCUUAAAGGCGCGGUGGACGCGACAAUCCGUGUGCUCCAGAACGGCACGCGCAAGACCAUCGUACCGCUCGAGCUCAAGACCGGCAAGAAGGCGUAUGCGCUCGCCGAGCACCACGGCCAAGUCCUCUUGUACUCGCUCCUUCUCGAAGAGCGGUACCGAGAGUGCUCGGAGGGUCUCCUCUUAUACCUGCUCGAGACCGAGUCGCUGUUAAUUGCACGCGAGAUGCCGAUCGCCCGUGCGCUGCUCCAAGCACGGAAUCAGCACGCCGCCAAUAUGGCCAAGUACCAAGGCGAGAGCGUGUACCCGCCCAUGCUCCGCCAGCCGCGCGACUGCGGCUUUUGCUUCUCGGCGGCCGAGUGCAUGCUUCACCACGCGUCCGAAGAGAUGGGCACGGCGGCGACCAGUGGCGCCGUCGAUGUGUUUGCCAAGCACACGACCCACUUGCUACAAGACGAGCGCGCGUACUUUGCCACGUGGAAUCGGCUCGUGGACCUCGAGUUCCGGUCGAGCCAAACCGCAGUCCAGCAGCUCUGGCUCAACUCGAACGACGACCGUGCUGCGAAUGGCUCGUGCUUGCUGCACUUGAGCCUCGCGAACGUGACGCCCAAGACGCUCCGGCUGCGAUCUCGGACACUACUGGCCUCGACCGAUCUCAAGUUUCACGUCGACGAUCGCGUCAUUUUGAGCUGCGAGUCGGACGCCGCUCUGCUUCUCCAUACAGCCAAAGGACGCAUCACAGCGUUGCUUGACCAAGACAUUGAAAUCGCCUUGUUUGCGCCGAUCUCACGCGCCGUGCUGCAAGGCGACUCGGUCGUGGGCGCGCACCCGCACUGGCGCAUGGACAAGGACAUGGUGUCGUGGGGCCUCUUGCAAGCCAAGCGCAACCUCGCGCAGCUCUUUGUCGGCCCGUCGCCGCACGGUAUCUCGGCCGGCGUCCAUCCGACCCGCUUCCUUCGACCACCCCUCGAUCCCGAGACCGACAAGUGCGGCGACGACGUCCGGCGCAAGUUGAUUUGCCGCCUUGAACCGCCUCGGUUUCUAGCCCCUACGACGACGCUGGGCAUGCUCCAAGCCCAUGCGAUCGCGCAUCCGACAAGCCCGCGCUACGAAGCCCUCUACAACGACUUCUUACGCAUGAACCCCGACCAGCAGCGUGCGAUUGAAAAGGUGCUCCAUGCCAAGGACUAUGCGUUGAUCCUCGGCAUGCCGGGCACAGGCAAGACGUCGGCGAUCACCAUGUGUGUGCGUCUCUUGCUGCACUUGGGCUUUUCGGUGCUCGUGACGAGCUAUACGCACUCGGCCGUCGAUACGCUACUGCUGAAAUUGCUCGAGUUCAACGUGCCAAUGCUCCGCGUCGGCUCGAAAGACCAAGUGCACGCAAGGCUACAGCCUCACUUGCUCUCGACUGUGUGCCACCCGCUGCGAACGACCGCGGCGAUUGAGACUGUCAUGGUGAAUGCGACACUCGUCGGCUGCACGUGCCUUGGCACCAACCAUGUGCUCUUUUCGAAGCGGCGCUUUGACUAUUGCAUCGUCGACGAAGCGUCGCAGAUCACGCAGCCCGUGCUGCUGGGUGCACUGCGGUGCGCCGAUACGUUUUGCUUGGUGGGCGACCACUACCAGUUGCCGCCACUGGUGACGGCGCUCAAGGCGAAAUUGGGCGGACUCGACGUAAGUCUCUUUAAACGCUUGGGCGAGGCCCACCCGAGUGCAAGCGUCCAGCUCGGGUACCAGUACCGCAUGCAUCCGGAUAUCAUGCUGCUCUGCAACGACCUUAUCUACAACCACCAACUCAAGUGCGGCGAGACGAGUGCGCAUAUCGCGCCGUGGGAGCUGUCGCCGCUACCGCUACCGCAUUGGCUGAGCCAUGUGCUCUCGCCGAGCGUCAGCGUAGUGUUUUUAGACACGGAUGCCUUGGGCUUGCACGAAUCCCGGCAGUCGAAAGGCAUCGUCAACCCCGUGGAAGCCAGCGCAGUGCUCCAGGUCGUCCGUGCGCUGCAGCAAGCGGGCGCCAUAGACAUUGGUGUGCUCUCUCCGUUCCGGUCCCAAGUCCACUACCUCCAGACACACCACCACGGCCCGCCCGUCGAGAUUUCAACCAUCGACAAGUACCAAGGCCGGGAUAAAGAUGCGAUCAUCGUGUCGUUUGUCCGCUCGAAUGCGACACCGACGGUUGGCGAGCUGCUUUUGGACUGGCGGCGCAUCAAUGUAGCGCUGACGCGCGCCAAGAAGAAACUCGUGCUCGUCGGGUCACCGUCGACGCUCGCAGGAAGCCCUGUGCUGCGGUCGCUCCUGGAGCUUGUGCAGAGGCAGCAGUGGGUGCUGCCAUUGCCCGCGGCUGCAACCAAUGUGCCCAUGCUCCCACUAUCAACGACCGACGUGUCUGGCGGUGCACAGCGCGUGUACGUCCACGCCCCGGUGGACGCAGGUGCGAUCGAAGGCCUGGCCAUCAACGAGUUGCCGCGACGCGCGCCGCUGCGGCCGCAUAUGCCCGUGUCCCGCAACAUUUUGGACGAAACCAUGGGCUAAGGACAUGUGUAUGCGAUAGAGUAGAUGCGUAGUAGAGUAAGCAGCAUUGGUGAAGUAGAAAAUGCUAGUUAAAGCACUGUACAUAUUGUCGUCGAGAGGACGGAGCGUGCUGCUAAGGGACACGAUCUUGAUUUGAUACCGGU